UCAUAUUAUAAAUAAUUUUAACAGCAUAAGUAGCAUUCUUAUUAGUAUUAUCAACAGUAAUAGUAAAUAACAAAAACUGACUGACUUAAAGUGUAAAAGAAACCCUAAAAAUACCCACACAUAUGGAAAGUGUGCACUUAUAGACACAUUAAGUGUCAAUUUAACACUGUAAAUGUUGAUGUGAAUUUUUAUUAUUAUAAGUAAUGGUAUUAGAAACAGUAUCAUCAUCGUCCCCAUAAAUCAAUACAUUCAGCCAUAACCUCUUGCAUCCUUGUUUCUUAUGUUUAGCUCAUCUUCAUUUUCAAAAUAUGAUCAGCAAUUCUUAACAUAAUUUGGGAAUAAACGCCUGUUUCACCACAGAUGACGACACCGCAAUAUUGAAAGCACAGGUUCAGUUAUUCAAUUGUUUUGCCCUUUUCAUACAUAUUGCAGUACCAUGUAAUAGAUCAUCUUAUCUGAGUUUUUACUGAAUUCUGUCCACUAUAUUCUAAUUAAAUUUGAAUCCAUUUACUGCCAAAUAGACGCUGUUACUUUUCUUCAGCAUCCCCCACAUUUUCAACAUCAUUUUCUAAUUAAAGUCUUGCAAAUAACAUUGAAUUAUUAUUAUUAUUAUUAUUAUUAUUAUUAUUAUGGUUGUUGUUGUUUUAAGACUGGCGUAGCCCCCAUAUUAAGACUUCCAUUCCUGAUUUUAAUUGCUCGUCUUCUUGUUUGUGCUCAGUGAAAUGAGAUGAUGAGAUUCUGGUAACUUUUGGAUGACCCCUUCAUAACAAAGACGAUGCCCAUCAAUAGUGGUCAUCCUUUAUUCACCACUUGCGUCUGCCAUGGAUCUUUUAGUUCUUUUUGUUGCUAUGAGAGCAUUGUAGCCAAACUUUAUUAGCAUUCUUGAAAUAAAUAUUUUAGUUCAGCGCCUUCAAUAAAUUAUUUAAUUUAUUAUCUGUGCGUACACGUUCUUGACUUGAGUGUGAAGAACACAUUGAUGGCUAAGAUUUAAUUACAGAAGGGAGCUAAUUAUUGCAAUAGGUGAUGAGUCAAUGCCUUCCACGGUGUCUUUUUGGAAAUGAAAAUGAAUUUUUUCUUUUUUUUUCUAUAAGGCAUAUCAUUUUAUCAUGCGUAAUCGAAAUAUUUAGUGAAGUUUGUGAAAAUUGCUACAAGCUGUAUACUUAUGCGCUAAUAGACUCCCUUCUUCUUCAUUGGCUAAUUCAGUCACAUGGUGUCUAACUUUAUUCAGUUGACAGCAAGUAGGAGGGCUUUAUGGAAGGAGAAAAAGACAACUCGAGAAAAAUUAGUAUUUUCUACCUUCAGAAAUUAAUGGCCAUGAGUUCGUAUAUGGUGAACUCCAAGUAUGUGGAUCCCAAAUUUCCUCCCUGUGAGGAAUACUCACAGAACAGCUAUAUACCUGAGCAAGGCUCGCAAUAUUAUAGUCCAUCGCAGGACACUGAUUUUCAGCAUCCAGGGAUCUAUUCACGGUCAAACUACGAGCAGUCCUUUGGCUGUAACACUGAUCAGGGCUCGACAGUGCAGCCGCGGGGUCAUGUGCAGGAACAGCCCAGCAUACAGAGCCAAUUCACAGCUCAGUCUGAGCUGCGCCCACCGGUUCAAAUUCCCAAUCAACGCUCCUGCAACCUACAACAAAACGCCAAGAAUCUGAACGGGAUACCAGCCAAACAACCAGCAAUAGUUUACCCCUGGAUGAAGAAGGUCCAUUGCACCACGGUGAAUACAAACUACAACGGAGGCGAACCCAAGCGAUCACGAACUGCAUACACAAGGCAGCAGGUUCUGGAACUGGAAAAGGAAUUUCAUUUUAACAGGUAUCUCACUCGGAGGCGCCGAAUUGAAAUCGCACACACUCUGUGUCUUUCUGAACGACAAAUCAAAAUUUGGUUUCAAAACAGAAGAAUGAAAUGGAAAAAAGACCACAAACUUCCUAACACAAAAGGCAGAUCCUCCAGUAUUUCGAGCCAGAACUUACAGACUCUUGCAAAGGACAACCAGACUGAUAUCACGACUUUAUAAGCCGGACAUCAUUGUUUCUUUUUUUUUUCUGUACUCUGUAAAUAUAAAGACAAUUCUCUAGCAGAAAAUGCAUGUUCCAGAGACAUGAUACCAUUUUAUUUUGUUUUCUAUCAUUUCUGUAACGAUGGCGUUACACGGCAGCAUACAAAUAGAAUAAUACAAGAAAUAACGGUUCAGAAGAAAAAGAACUGGGGAGACUGGACUUUCUCGAGAGCUGUUACCCUUUUCAACGAGAGUUUUGGUGAAAAUGGUGCAGAAGAUUUGAAAGAAGAUUUACUUCACCGAGGUACCGUGUGUAUGCUAGAAACCAUAUUAUAUUGUAUUGGACAAUUUGACAGGUCAUAAUUUUAUAAAAAAGAA